GCUGAAAGGCGAGCGGAGAUCCCCGCACCGGCGCGGGCAGCGGCGCGGAGGGCCCGCCGGCGACCAAUAGCCGGGGUGCGACCCGCCCCGUCCGCCCAGUCGCCUCCCCCUGGGGAGCCUAUAAGUCUCCCGCGGCGCCGGGGCGCCUGUUGCUCCGCGUCUCCGCCAAGGCCUGAGCUCGGCCGCCCUCCCUUCCCUCGGGCUGCCAGCCGCGGGUCCGCUACGCGGCUCGGCCCGUCACCUCCCGCCUGCAGUCGCCGUCCGGGGCCGACCGGGGGCCCCGCGCUCUCGCGAGAAGUGCGCCGCUGCAGGGCGGUGGGGUGCAGGAGCCGACGCCCGCCCUCGGCAAGCCGAAGAUGGGGAGCUGCGCGAGGAAGCGGCAGCUCUUGCUGCUGGCGCUCGUCCUGCAGCCCUGGAAUCCCUGCCUCGGUGCAGACGCGGAGAAGCCCUCCAGCAACCCCACAGAUAAAUUAUUAGUCAUAACUGUAGCAACAAAAGAAAGUGAUGGAUUCCAUCGAUUUAUGCAGUCAGCCAAAUACUUCAAUUAUACUGUGAAGGUCCUUGGACGAGGAGAAGAAUGGAAAGGUGGUGAUAGAUUUAAUAGUAUUGGAGGGGGCCAAAAAGUGAGAUUAAUGAAAGAAGUCAUGGAACAUUAUGCCAAUCAAGAGGAUUUGGUUGUUUUAUUUACUGAAUGCUUUAGUGUCAUAUUUGCUGGUGGUCCAGAAGAAGUUCUAAAAAAGUUUCAAAAGUCAAACCACAAAGUGGUCUUUGCAGCAGAUGGAAUUCUGUGGCCCGAUAAAAGACUAGCAGACAAGUAUCCCAUUGUACACUUUGGGAAACGCUACCUGAAUUCAGGAGGAUUUAUUGGUUAUGCUCCAUAUAUUAACCGUAUAGUUCAACAAUGGAAUCUCCAGGAUAAUGAUGAUGAUCAGCUAUUUUACACAAAAAUUUACAUUGAUCCACUGAAAAGGGAAGCUAUUAACAUCACAUUGGAUCACAAAUGCAAAAUUUUCCAGACCUUAAAUGGAGCUGUAGAUGAAGUUGUUUUGAAGUUUGAAAAUGGCAAAGCCAGAGCUAAAAAUGUAUUUUAUGAAACAUUACCGGUAGCAAUUAAUGGAAAUGGACCCACCAAGAUUCUCCUGAAUUAUUUUGGAAACUAUGUACCUAAUGCAUGGACACAGGACAAUGGCUGCACUCUUUGUGAAUUGGAUACAACUGACUUGUCUGCAGUAGAUGUCCAUCCAAAUGUAACAAUAGGUGUUUUUAUUGAGCAACCAACCCCUUUCCUGCCUCGAUUUCUGGACAUAUUGUUGACACUAGAUUACCCAAAAGAAGCACUUAAACUCUUUGUUCAUAACAGAGAAGUUUAUCAUGAAAAGAAUAUCAAGGCAUUUUUUGAUAAAGCUAAACAUGAAAUCAGUACUAUAAAAAUAGUAGGACCAGAAGAAAAUAUAAGUCAAGCCGAAGCCAGAAACAUGGGAAUGGAUUUUUGCCGCCAGGAUGAAAACUGUGAUUAUUACUUUAGUGUGGAUGCAGAUGUUGUUUUGACAAAUCCAAAGACUUUAAAAAUUUUGAUUGAACAAAACAGAAAUAUCAUUGCUCCUCUUGUAACUCGUCAUGGAAAACUGUGGUCCAAUUUCUGGGGAUCAUUGAGUCCUGAUGGGUACUAUGCUCGUUCUGAAGAUUAUGUGGAUAUUGUUCAAGGAAAUAGAGUAGGUAUAUGGAAUGUCCCAUACAUGGCUAAUGUGUACUUAAUUAAAGGAAAGACACUCCGAUCAGAGAUGAAUGAAAGGAACUAUUUUGUUCGUGAUAAAUUGGAUCCUGAUAUGGCUCUUUGCCGAAAUGCUAGAGAAAUGACUUUACAAAGGGAAAAAGACUCCCCUACUCCGGAAACAAUCCAAAUGCUCAGCCCCCCAAAGGAUGUGUUUAUGUACAUUUCUAAUAGACAUGAAUUUGGAAGACUGUUAUCAACUGCUAAUUAUAAUACUUCUCAUUAUAACAAUGACCUCUGGCAGAUUUUUGAAAAUCCUGUGGACUGGAAGGAAAAAUAUAUAAACCGUGAUUAUUCAAAGAUUUUCACUGAAAAUAUAGUUGAACAGCCUUGUCCAGAUGUCUUUUGGUUUCCCAUAUUUUCUGAAAAAGCCUGUGAUGAAUUGGUGGAAGAAAUGGAGCAUUAUGGCCAGUGGUCUGGGGGAAAACAUCAUGAUAGCCGUAUAUCUGGUGGUUAUGAAAAUGUCCCAACUGAUGAUAUCCACAUGAAACAAAUUGACCUGGAGAAUGUAUGGCUUCAUUUUAUCCGGGAGUUUAUUGCACCAGUCACACUGAAGGUCUUUGCAGGCUAUUAUACAAAGGGGUUUGCUCUAUUGAAUUUUGUGGUAAAAUACUCCCCCGAAAGACAACGUUCUCUUCGGCCUCAUCAUGACGCAUCUACAUUUACCAUCAACAUUGCACUCAAUAAUGUGGGAGAAGAUUUUCAGGGAGGUGGAUGCAAAUUUCUAAGGUACAAUUGCUCCAUUGAAUCACCGAGAAAAGGCUGGAGCUUCAUGCAUCCAGGGAGACUCACGCAUUUGCAUGAAGGACUUCCUGUUAAAAAUGGAACAAGAUACAUUGCAGUGUCAUUUAUAGAUCCCUAAGUUAUUUACUUUUCAUUGAAUUGAAUUUUCUUUUGGAAUGGAUGACUGGCAUGAACAUGUCUUUGAAGUUGUGCUUGAGAAGAUGAGAGGAAUAUUUAAAUAACUUCAACAGAACAACUUCACUUUGGGCCAAACAUUUGAAAAACUCAUAAAAAAAUCGUUUGAUAUUUCUUAUUGUCUGCUCUGAGCCUUAAAACACAGAUUGAAGAAGAAAAGAAAGUAAAAAAGUAAAUGGAAGUAUUUAUUUCUAUGCCUUAUUCUCUCUGAGAACAAUGAUAAUUUUCUGAAUUUGUGUUUCAGUGGAUGAAAUAUUCAGAUAAUACCAAUACACAAGUGACAAGUGAGACAAAUAAUGUUUUCUUAUUAAAAGCCUGGAAGAAUUUUAUUUAUCAACAUGUAGACAAAAUGGAUAUAAAUGAAAAUUAGCAAUUUUUGAAAUGUUGGAAAACGGGUUUUAAGUGAAUUUGUAUGCAACUAAUUGUGUAAGUACUUCCUGACCACCUGUGCAGGUACCUUUUAUAGUAAUUACUGAAGGGACAUUAAGAACAAUGUCACACAAUGUUUUCCUUCAAGAAACAAUAUAAAAUACAACUGAGACACAGGUCUGGUAGAAAACAUUUUUGUUUAGAUUUUUAGAUUUUGUCUUUUUUUCAUUUUUCAUUAGAAAUCAAGAUAUAUGUUCCUUCAGAUGAAUUUUCCAAGACGGAUUAUUCUAAGUAGAUGCUAGAUUUAAGAAAGCUUUCAAGCCUUCCUGUUUCUUAAAAUACAUUAAAUAUUGAUUUAAGAUUAGCAAAUGUCCUUAUGUCAAAACAGAUUUUUUUGUUUUUGUUUUUUAAUUUUAGAAAAUAAUGAGGAAAAAAAACUUUCAUUGAAGUUAGUAGUAGAAUUUUUUAUUUUUUAAAAAACUUCAUUAAGUACUUGAAUUUUAUAUCAGGAAAAUAGAAUUAGUGAGCCUUUCUUCUUCCCUUUUGCCCUUUGUCUUCCUCUUCACUCUUUCUAGGGAGGGUUAUUCACUUUUUUGUCUUCCCAGCAACUUCCCACUCUUUUUGCUACCUUUUCUUUAUCCCACUUUUAAAAAUUCCCCAACACAGAAAAAAUUUGUGACUUGAUUUUUCAUCAUUUCUCUGAGUGAGAUUUAAAAAUCCUCUUUGUAGCUACUAUUUUUAAUUUAAGGUUAAACUUGAAAGAAAGUUCUACAUCAUGGUGCCAAAAUUCAUUUUUCUAACACCAUGUGUUAGAAAAUUAUGAAAAAUAAAAUAAUUUAAAAUAA